CCCUCUGCCCAGGACCCACAGCCGGGGUGGCCGCGGGAGCCACCUGGGGACUGGUCUGACGGCAUUCCACCUCCCAGGAUAAAACCUGGGGCGACCUGCAGGGAACCUACACACCCUGACCCGCAUCGCCCUGGGUCUCUCGAGCCUGCUGCCUGCUCCCCCGCCCCACCAGCCAUGGUGGUUUCUGGAGCGCCCCCAGCCCUGGGUAGGGGCUGUCUCGGCACCUUCACCUCCCUGCUGCUGCUGGCGUCGACAGCCAUCCUCAAUGCGGCCAGGAUACCUGUUCCCCCAGCCUGUGGGAAGCCCCAGCAGCUGAACCGGGUUGUGGGCGGCGAGGACAGCACUGACAGCGAGUGGCCCUGGAUCGUGAGCAUCCAGAAGAAUGGGACCCACCACUGCGCAGGUUCUCUGCUCACCAGCCGCUGGGUGAUCACUGCUGCCCACUGUUUCAAGGACAACCUGAAUAAACCAUCCCUGUUCUCUGUGCUGCUGGGGGCCUGGCAGCUGGGGAACCCUGGCUCUCGGUCCCAGAAGGUGGGUGUUGCCUGGGUGCAGCCCCACCCUGUGUAUUCCUGGAAGGAGGGUGCCCGUGCGGACAUUGCCCUGGUGCGUCUCGAGCACUCCAUACAGUUCUCAGAGCGGGUCCUGCCCAUCUGCCUACCUGAUGCCUCUAUCCACCUCCCUCCAAACACCCACUGCUGGAUCUCAGGCUGGGGGAGCAUCCAAGAUGGAGUUCCCUUGCCCCACCCUCAGACCCUGCAGAAGCUGAAGGUUCCUAUCAUCGACUCGGAAGUCUGCAGCCAUCUGUACUGGCGGGGAGCAGGACAGGGACCCAUCACUGAGGACAUGCUGUGUGCCGGCUACUUGGAGGGGGAGCGGGAUGCUUGUCUGGGCGACUCCGGGGGCCCCCUCAUGUGCCAGGUGGACGGCGCCUGGCUGCUGGCCGGUAUCAUCAGCUGGGGCGAGGGCUGUGCCGAGCGCAACAGGCCCGGGGUCUACAUCAGCCUCUCUGCGCACCGCUCCUGGGUGGAGAAGAUCGUGCAAGGGGUGCAGCUCCGCGGGCGCGCUCAGGGGGGUGGGGCCCUCAGGGCACCGAGCCAGGGCUCUGGGGCCGCCGCGCGCUUCUAGGGCGCAGCGGGACGCGGGGCUCGGAUCUGAAAGGCGGCCAGAUCCAGAUCUGGAUCUGGAUCUGCGGCGGCCUUGGGCGGUUUCCCCCGCCGUAAAUAGGCUCAUCUACCUCUGGGGGCCCGGACGGCUGCUGCGGAAAGGCGACCCCUCCCCGACCCCCGCCCCCGCGACGGCCUCAGGCCCCGCCUCCAAGGCCUCAGGCCCCGCCCAACGGCCUCAUGCCCCCGCCCCCACGACUUCCGGCCCCGCCCCCGGGCCCCAGCGCUUUUGUGUAUAUAAAUGUUAAUGAUUUUUAUAGUUAUUUGUAACCCUGCCCACAUAUUUAUUCCUCCAAUUUCAAUAAAUUAUUUAU